GGCCCGCGGCGUGUAGCGGUGGAAUCCGCCUGGCGAUUGGCCGGCGGCGUGCGUGACGUCACAGGGAGGCGGGGUGACGCUGGGGCGAGUAUAAAUUCGGGGCACCGCCCAGUCUCCUAGGGAGAGGAGAGAGGAGAGGCGAGAUGGCGGUUGUGCUGCGGCGGCUGCUGCUGCUUCUCUGCCUCGCCGCCUCUUCGGCCGCCCUUCUGGCGACCAGCGUCCAUUCUUCCUGCCCCGGGCCCCUGGCCCAUACCGUGCACUCCACGUUCAUGUUCGCGGCAGCUUUCGCUCCUCUCUGCGGGCUUGCGAGUCCGCGCAUCCGCACGCGGCGCCUAGCGCACCCGCUCCCGCCGACAGAGCUGGCCCGACUCCUCGCCUUGGUGUUCCCCUCCCGCAGCGGGAGAUCGGGCGCCGAGAACCGGAGCACAGGGGACCCCGAGACCUCCGGGGUCGCACACCGGCUCCGCACAAGCCAGCGGAGCGCCCCCGAAACGCGCCUGGCCUCCAGCUCCGCGCUGAGCACGGGGCGGCCUCCAACCCCAGCUCUGAGGCUCGUCGAUUUUGCAGCAGCGCCGUACAACAGGUCCAGGUGUGGUAGCCACCCGUUCCAGGAAACAACUCACUCAGAAGGACAAUGCAGAUGGUGGAGAGUUACACACAGGCAGGCCCAAGGCCGUCUCUUAGCCAAGGACCCGACCAGUUUCUGUGAAAACCUAGAUACACUAGUGUCCGUGUGCAAAGCCACCUCCCCAAAUCCCUUGAAACUAGUCUGGAAAAGGGUCUCCACCUGGAACUUCCUGCUCCACCAAGGACAGCUGCUGACUCAUAGGGAGAGUUUCUGGGACUCCUCCCCACGGCCAGCAAACCUCACAGUGGGCUCCUUGCAGAGCAGAGGGCAGCCACAGACCAGCGGUCACAGGCUCUUGUGUCGUGACCCACCCAGGACCCUUAAAACCAAGGUCCCCUUGGACUCCAAGCCGGGCAAAGGUCAACCACUAAUGCACACUGGGAUUCUCCUGGCCCCCGCUGAGCCUGGGGGCCCUACACCUCAUCUCACUGUGCUUGAGUGUCCUCAAGUGGCCGGACAAGCCCCAUCCCAAGGUCAGCCAUUCUGCAACAUCUGGGCAGUUGCAUGUUCUCUGUCCAGGGUCCCCACCUUGGAUGCCCCGCUGAGUAGGAGACUGCCACUCACCAGCACCAGCAGGCCCUUGGGUGCCCGGCAGCUUGGGGAACCAAAGUCCAAGGUCUCUGGCCCAGUCUCCCCCCAGGACAAGGGGCCACCUUCAUAUCCAGCUGAGAGUGCCCCUGCAGACCCCUGCCCACCACCCACCAAGCUGCCUGCAGUUGAGGCUCCUCUCAGCCAAGGGCCAUCCAGGAGGAGCAGACAGAAGCCCAUAGACCCUCAUCUUCUCAUGGGCUGUGAAGCUGGGGUCUGCACCGAGCACUCCCUGGUCAGCAGAGAGCAACAGUCCCCUCACAGUAAGAGCCCCCCGAAACUCUGUCUGCCUGCACAGCCUCCUUCCAACCUCUCUGCACCUGACUCUGCCUUUGGUGGGGGGCUGCCCCUGGCCUGCCCUGAGAAUGCCACAUGUGCUCGCCCACCUGCAUUCUCCAGCCCCUUUAUUCCCAAGGUGGGCUCCCCACUCAGCCAAGGGAAACCUCCCGCCCGCAAAGAGGCCCACCUGCAUCUCCACAGCCCUGCAGACCCUCCCUCCAAGCCUUCCAACACUGACCCUUCACCCCCUCAAGGGCAGCGGCCAGUCCCCAAGCCCCCUCAUUCAGGACACCACCCACAUGCACGCUGGAAACCCAGCCCAGAGCUUUCCCUUAAUGUCCCCCGAGUCCUUGUCUGCCUGUGGCCUUCGGUGCCUCUGUUGGGCCCAAGGGAGUUGGCUGGAAGGGGCUGCUACCUGGUGGAAGAGAAAUACCUCAUCCCUGUCAUUGUGCGCCCCACCUCUGAGCGCUCCUCCCAGAAACAGCGCCCAGAGCCUGCAGAGUGUGAGAACGGAGGCCUCGGAACCCUCCGGAAGCCGCCAGGCAACCUUGGCCCCCACCAGCUCCCUGUCGCCCCGGGGACGCCCCAACCCCCAGAAAGGGAAGGGCCGGCUCCGGCAGCCCCUUACCCCCAGCAGCAGUUCAAUCACUCGGUGAGACUGGCGGGAGACUGGGAAAUGGGGACGGAAGAGCCACCUGGAUCCAAAGAAGCAAGGCAUCCUCACCCAGGCAGGAGCACCCCAAGACCACUGGCCCAGGCGGGCCUCGGCCUUCCACCACUGGGGCCAGGUAGGCGGCUGUCUGUGCAGUCGUUGGUGGUGGCUCUGUCGCUGGGAGACAGGCUUAGAAACGCCAGCGCCUCGUGGCCUGCGCUUGGAGCCGUGCAGGGUGUGGUUCCCCUGGUGGGCCUCAGUGCUGAGGUGCUGCUGGGCCGCGGGCCUGGAGACCUCUGGCCUGGGACCAGGUUUAGCUGGCUCUUCUGGUUCUGUGUCAGCUGGGGUGUCUUGAUCUUCUGGAGAAUUCUCUCAGGAGGGCGAGAGGGAUGCCCUGCCUUCGAACAGGAGAAGCUGGAAGAGCUGUCAAGUGGAAUAGCUGAUGCUAAGCAGGGCACCCGUGGCCUUGUCCCGGUAGAGCCCCAGGCCCCCAGGCCUCAGGCCCCACGUACAGAGGACUCGUUGGCUGAGCUGAGGCUGCUCAAGGACAGGUUCUCCCACCUGGAGGAGGAGAUGGAGGCGUUACAAGAACAUGCUGAGCACCUGGGGCGUCAGGAGGCGCGGGUUCGAGAGCUGGAGGCCUUCUUCCUCACAGUGUGGAGCUUCCUGGAAGCCUGUGCCCCAGGACAGGUUCACAGUACGAUGGCCAGUCAUCCGUGCGCCCCCCAACCCCAGGAAGGAGGCCUGGAAGCGGGGGCGGAGCUGGCCUGACCUUCACCAUGGGUUCUGAAUAAAUAGUUGUGUUAGAA